AUGCGUCUGCCUGUGGGUGCGCUUCCUCAACUCGGGUUUGUGUGUGUUGCUGCGGGUAAUCCAGCUAUCUGUGUCAACGGUCUGUCUACGGAUGGAGGUGCAGUGGCGUGGUGCCUAGCUCAUCAGCGGUGCGGCAGCCCUGGGCUACUCUUGUCUCCCAGUGCUACUACUACUGUGGUUGAGUGGGUGCGAGGCCAUGGCCUCCGUGGCGUAUUUACCAGAUUGACCAGUCCUGUUUAUAGCGUGUGGGUCAGCAAGUAA